AUGGGCGCACUGUGCUCUGGCGAACCAGCGCCAAAGAAGAUCACUGUGUACUAUUGGGGCCCCCACCCAGGCACGCCAUUCUACGGCCGCGGCAUCGGCAUCUACCUGACGCUCAACCAGGCCAAGUUCAAGUACGACACCGCGACGCCGGGAGACAUUCCCGACGGCAGUGCCAUGGCGCCCCCAGUGGUCGACAUCGACGGAGCCUGCAUGGGUCAGACCCCCGCCAUUCUCGUUGCGCUCGGUGAGAAGUUCCAGCUGGGUGGCAAGACCCCCGAGGAGAAGAUGCGAUGCCUGCAGGCGCUUGAAGACAUGAACGACGUCUUCGGAGAGCACGGCAAGAUGGCCGAGGACGCCGACCGCAAGAAGAAGUGGUUCACGUACCUUGACAAGAAGAUGCAGGGCCGUAAGUGGCUGGCGGGGACGAGUGAACCAACAGUCGCUGACUUUCACGGGGUCUUCGCGUUCGAGUGGGUCCAAAAGAAGAACAUCGAUUUUUCAGAAUACCCGAACAUGACCAAGUGGUGGGCGGACAUUCGGGCGUAUCCGGUGGUUGCAGAGAUGUACAAGACGUGUGUGGAUGGGAGGAAGAUGAUCCCCUGA